AGUCUUCCACGCGGCUGCUCGUGCUCACCGCAACGUCUGCCCUCAGUCAAGAUGGCGUUGACCGGACAAAUCCAGCCUGUGCCCUCAGUAAAGAUGGCGGCACCCCCAUAGAUUUCUAUCGUACCCGCCGCCCGUGCCCUUCCAGAUCGGCCUCAGCGACUUCACAGUCGGGUAUACAAGAUGGCGGAAGCGGCCGCGGCCGUUUGAAUUCCAACGAAGCCGCCAAACUCGGACAAUAACAACCCGAGUCGCCGCCGCUGGAGGGUCCCUGCAGGGCUCGGCGCCGCCAUGGACUCGCUGCCGGGGGAGGACCUCACCCUGCCCGUGGAGUUUAGCGGCAGCGUCAGUAUUUCCAGACUGUCAGAUGUCUCCAGAGAUGAACCUCGCAUUGGCCUGGGAAUUAGUGGAGCGUUACUGGAUGUGGCGGAAGAUGCAAUUUCACCAACCAGAGCUCGGACCAUGAAGGAUUAUGAAAAUCAAAUAACUGACCUGAAAAAAGAAAACUUCAACCUAAAGCUUCGUAUCUAUUUUCUGGAGGAGCGAAUGCAGCAGAAAUUUGAUGGUCCAACUGAAGACAUCUACAAAAUUAAUAUUGAGCUGAAGGUUGAGGUAGAAAGUCUGAAACGUGACCUGCAGGAGAGGGAAAAACUGCUCAUCAAAGCCUCUAAAGCAGUUGAGAGCUUGGCUCAAGGUGGUGAUGCUGAAAUACAGCGUGUGAAAGAAGAGGCUCGUAAGAAAGUACAACAAGUGGAAGAAAUUCUCACCAGCAGAAUAAACCUUUUGGAAGAGAAUCUUAAAGCUGCCCAAGAAGAAGUGGAAAAAGCCUUUGCAGUGACAGAGAGGGAGAAAGUUCUAAGAAUGGCUGUCGAACAAAAACUCUCUGGAGUUACAAAUACGCAUCUGAAGGAGCUGGAUAGUAUUACAGAACUGCCAGAAAAAGACAGACUUAUAGAGCAACUGACUCUGUCUCUGAAAAGUAAAGAAGCUAUAAUUCAGCACCUUGAAGAGGAAAAGUCUCAAAGUGAAUCUUGUGAUGGGAACUUACCUGCAGAAAAAAUCAGAGAACUUACUGUUGCUUUGAGGCAUGAAAAAGAUAGUGAGAUAGAGGCUAUUAAAAUGGAACUUAGAAACGAGAGAAAUUGCUUUGAAAAAAAAGUCCAGUCUCUUCAAGAAGAACUACGAGAGAGGGAAGAUGAGCUUAGUAUUGAAAAGAAAAAUGGUUUGAAAAGGGAUAAAACCAUUCAAGGCCUAACUCUUGCAUUAAAAACAAAGGAAAAAGAGAAUGAAGAACUUAAUUCUGAAAUUGAAAAUCUAAAUGUUUCAUUGGCUAAGGCAAGAGAGGCCACACACAAAGCUCAGAUCCAGAAAUUCAAGGGUGCUGAGGAUUAUCAAGCUCUCUUGAUGGAAAAAGAAACCCUCCUAGCAGAGCUGCGUUCCGAAAACCUUACAAAAGAUACGGAGAACCGUAAACUACAAAGGAGGAUUAAAAGGACUGAUCAAGAGCUGAAUGAUUUGAAUCUAGAGAGAGAGAAAAUGGAGAGGGAACUGGAUGAAGCACAGCUACAGAAGAGCAGAGGCGACAAAACCAUUAAUGACCUUAGAAAUCAGCUAGAGAAAUUACAUGGUGAAAUGACUGAGAGAGAAAAAGCAGUGGAACAUCAUUACAAUAUUCUUUUGAGUGAAAGCAAUCAGAAGUUGCAGAGUCAAGAACUAGUUAUCAAGCGACUAACAGACGGUGUCAGUCAAAAGGAUCUAUUGCUUCAGAAAUUCGAUGCAGCAAUUAAAGAAAAGGAUGUAGAACUUCAAGAACUUAUUAAGAAGUGUAAAAACCUUUUAAAAGCUAAAGAAGAUCUUGAGUUAAAGAAUGAAGACUUAAUAAAGGAAAAAUGUGCUUCCGAGUCUCAGCAGUCAAUCAUCAAGAUUGUCAAAGAGUUGGAGGAAAAAAAAGAAUCUGAAUAUGAAGAGUUGAUUCUUGUUUUAAGAAAAGAGCAGCACAUUUAUUCUACUCUAGUGAAGACUCUGAAAGACUCAGACAGUAUAAAUAGCUUGCAAACAGAGUUGAACAAUAUUUUUUUGUUGCGAAAACAACUGGAGGAAGAUAUUUUAGCUAAUCGGAAUCUACGGAAGGUGCUGGAGGAUCAAAUUAAGAACACAAAAAACAGAGAAGAUGAAACCUUUUCUUUUUGUGGAGAUCAAACAUCUUAUAUGAGUAUUUGCCUAGGAGAGCACGAUCAUUUAAACCUACAGGUAGACCAUCUGUCUCUUGAAGAACUUAAAAAAAAGGUUGCUGAACUCAUCUUGAUGGUUAAGGACCUGCAUUCAGUUAACCAAGAGCUAAAGAAAAAACAACUUAGACUCUCCAGAUCAGAGACUCAGGGGAAAGAAACACUGAAAAUAAUAAACCAGAAUGAGUUUCUUGAAAGAACAGAGGAAACCAUGACGCAAGCUGGAGAUUUUGACAAUAAGAAUGCAGAGAGCUGUCAACGUUCUGAGAGGACCAGUGAGGCAUGUCCUCAGUUGCCGUUGGAUCAUCCUCUUGAUCUGGAUAUGCAGAUCUCUCCUUCAGACUAUUCAGAUGGCGUCUGCAAAGAUAGACAUUAUAGGAAUCCAAAUAAGCCUCGGUUUGAACAUGAUAUUGCUGGCAAACACUUUGGCAGAAUCGAGAUGGGUGAACAUGAAGUAGAAGAGACGAGCCUGCUCACAUCUCUUUUAAAUGAAAAUGGAACAUCUGUACUUGAAUCGAGCAGACAAGAACAAAUGAAAAUCGUAAUUGCACUGUUAGAUCAUCUGAGCACAACUGAGCAAGACUGUUCAAGUGAAGAUAUAGAGAAUAAGGAUGAAAAAGAUCUUAGGCAAAUGAUUAUUCAACUAAGAGCUGAACUGAGACAUUUCAAGCAGGUCAAUAAAAUCUUAAAGCAGCAAGUAGAAUUGAAAUCAACUUCUGAUGGAAAAGAGAAGCUUUAUCCCGAUACAGCUCCACAGGUUAAUAAGGAUAUUGAAUUGUUAAAAGUGGAAUUGAAAGAUACAGCUACACAAACAAUGACUAUAGAGGGUAAUGUCAUGAGACUCAAACAUGAAGGCAAAAGAGGCGCCUCAGAAGAAAAAACAAAAUACUCAAGAUUAAAUGCAGAACCUCAACAGGAAAAUGCAUAUAAGAAGGGUGAGCAGCAUGAGAGCCUUUCUGUUACAAGUAGAACAAAUAAAAGCGAUUUCAUUUAUCCAUUCAAGAAAUCCCGUUUACCCAUUCCAUUAAAAUCAUCUAGAUCAUUAGGAAACAUUCCCUUAACUUCCUGCACGCAGAAGCCAGACAUGCAUCUGCAGCACCGGCUCAUGGCACUUGAUGAAGGUCUGAAGGAACGUAAAAUAGAAAACAAACAACUUCACAAAGAGUUAUCUUUGUGCGGAUCUGUAAUUGAAACUGUGCAAGAGAAGGCCGAAGAAGAAAGAGUAUUGGUGAGAGCUGAGUCAUUGGUCAGAAUGGAUUGCAAAGAGAUCCCGGUGGAUUCGCAGGCGGCUGGAUUUGAUACUCAUGACAAAAAUGAAAAUAAGAUGGUCACGGAUCAGAGAACCAAUCAAGAAACAGAAACGCCUCAUAACAUUAGCGACAUAAAUAUUCUACAUUCACUGAAAGAGCUAAAUAAAGAGUUUUAUUCAAUGGAAAACCAGGACAUUGACUCAGCUACAACAAAUUCAGGUUCCAAGAGUCUGCUUUCUCUCAAACUGAGUGUACCAAGUACAGACGCAUUUGAUGACUAUGAAGUCAUAGACGACCUAGAAGAAUUGAGACAAAGAAUUAAGGAUAUGAAGUCUGAGCUUGAAAAGUACAAAAUGUUCAUAUUUCAUUUGCAGCCUACUAAUCCUUUUUUGUCCAGUGAUAUUUUUAAUAUAGUUUUGAAUGAUGCUGAAUUGCCCAUUGAAGAACAUGUUAUACAAAUGCAAGAUACUGAUGGACAAGAGACCCAAACAUUUUCUACAGUACAUCAGCAAGUGGAUUAUGAAAUCCGCAUUGAAAACCUGAAUUCACAGUCUGCAGAAACACCUGAUGAACAAACAUCACAAAACCUUAAGCAGCUAUUAUUAGAAAAUGAGGCUGAACUUGAAAGAGAGCAAAUUGCAAAUAUGCAUCUUCUUGAUGAAGUAUAUCGUCUGCAAAACAAACUUAGAGAAACAUCACCAUCCAAAUAUGAUUCAUUAGUUCAUUCCCAAGCUCGAGAGCUCUCCUUUCAACGCCAGCAAAUUAAAGAGAUCCACAGCAUCUGUGUCACCUAUCAUCAACAUCUGACCAGCCUUAUUAAAGCUUUUGAGGAGCUGCUUCAAGCCAGUGAUGUUGAUUAUUAUGUUGCUGAGGGCUUUCGUGAACAGCUGAAUCAAAGUGUGCAACUUUUUGAGAAGCUGGAAAAGAAGUUUCUAUAUGGAGAAUCAUUGGAUGCAGAAGUUGCCAAACUUUAUGAAUUAGCACAAAGGGAUAAUGAGACGACCACCACAAUGCACCAGCAGCUUAAGGAUGAGUCACCUAUACCAUCUGCUUUUCAUAGCUUGUCUGACUUUGAAAUGUCAGAAAAGUCAUCUAUUGGAUCACCUGAACCUAAACAAGACCUAGUGGAGGAAGACAAACUGGCACUUGUGCCAAGCAAGUUUCCCCCAGCGUUAUUAAUGGAGCAUCUUCAAGAAAUUCGAUCUCUGAGACAACGUUUAGAAGACUCCAUUAAAACUAAUGAGAGAUUGAGGCUGCAGCUUGAACGACAAGUAACAGAUAUGGAACUAAAUCAAGGUUCUGCAAACAUUUUUAUCCAUGGCUCAGAGCAGCAUAAUUCCCUGACUUCUGAAAUUCAUUUCCUGAGGAAGCAAAAUAAAGUUCUGAAUGUAAUGCUCGCAAAAGGAUCUAGAGACAAACAAAAGGAAAAUGAAAAGUUAAGAGAAUCCCUCUCUAAGAAGAAUGCAAUCAUUGAACAUCUUCACCAGGAUUAUGAAUGCUUCAAGAAAGAAAAUGAAAAGUUGCAAAAACAAAUUGGCAAAAAGGAGGAUGAAAAUAGACAUUUGACUCACGAGAUUUACAGCAGUCAUAAUGAAUUAAACAGGUUGCAGACAGAAAUGAAUGUAAAGCAACAUCAGCUGUCUGAGAAUGACAAAUUACUGCAGUCACUCCGAGUUGAGCUAAAGGUGUAUGAAAAGUUGGACGAAGCAAGGAGAAGGAAAACAGACAUCUUGGAUCCUGGACAUGAAGAAUUCCAAAAAGAUCAAAAUAAUCCACUUGAUUUACAUGAACUAUUGACUGAAAUACAGAGUUUGCGAGUGCAGCUUGAAAGAAGCAUAGAGACAAACAAGACUUUGCAUGAAAAAUUGGAGGAGCAGCUUUCAAAAGAAAAGAGAGAAGAAGCGGCCUCAGUGUCAGCUGUGAAUAUCAACUACCUUUUAAAACGAGAUUCACAGCAUUAUACAAGAAUGAACGAGGUUGGUCACAAAUUCUCUGAUCCAAGCAGUAAUGUAUGCGAAUUACAAAAUUGUGGACAUGGCGCAUCACCAGGAAAAGCAGGUACACCCAAGGACAAGAACAUCAUAAACAAGCAGAUGUUCUGUAUCCCAGAGACACAACUAGCAGCUAAAGAUGAUUUAGACAGCUCUUCGCGGUGCAGUAGCAGCUCAUCCACUGGCACAUCAUGCACCCCUCGUCUUGUUCCUGGUCAUCGUAUGUGGGCAGACAAAAAUGGACGCCAUAUCCUUGGCUUGAUUGAGGAUUACAAUGCUCUACGGAAGCAGAUCUCAGAAGGGCAAAAGCUGGUAUCUGAAAUGGAGGCUCCUCUUAGAGAGAUCACUGGGAUGAAAAACCUGGAACCUGGAGUAAAGGUGAAACUACUGCUUCAAAAUAGAAGUUAGGAUUUAUUACAUUGGAAAUAUUGUCUUCAUGUUUUCAUUAUCUGAUUUCUAAUUAUAUGUUAAAAUGGAGUUAAGGUGGAAAGUAGAACUGGUUGAAAGUCAGACUUUCCAUUCCGCAGGAAAUUUCAAAACAAUAAGUAGAAUUUUCAAAAUCCCUGGGGAGAGGAAAAUCUGAACGUUUUGUUUUGAAAUAAUUGAAACGGUUAGUUUUGAAAAUUUCAACAGCAAAGAAAAGUUGAAUGUGGAAAUUCAAGCCCCAGUUUCGUGGCUCAACCAUGACUCCUUAGGUAUUUAGGUUCCCCAUUGGGAUUUUGUAAUUAUUCCGAAACAGAGUAUUACAAACUCAGGUAAUUCAGGUUUAAGGUAAUUUAAACAAAAUACAAACUUGUCCAAGUACAGAAAUGCAAAAUUAAAGUUGAUUGGGUGCCUUAACUGUGCCCUGUAAUGAUUCCAUGCAGUUGUGAUUGAGACAUAUUAGUGGUCAUUAUCGCUUACUAAGUGAAAUCGAUUUUUGAAUAAACAGUAUCUCUCCCCCCCUCCCCUUUUUGGGAGGGAUAUCAGUUGAGUAUAGGUGGGAAAUCAGCAGCAACAACUUGGGAAUUUCCCAACUGGUCAAGUUUCAGCUUUCAAGACACACUGUACUGUAUACUCAUCAGCCUUCCAGUUGUAGCAUACUGAUAUGGAGUCAUCAUGUAUGGGCUAUACUCCUAUAUAUAAUAAUCCAUUUUGAUUAUUUAAGGAAAAAGCAUAAUACUUUGUUUGAUAUAUUGUAGGAGGAAUAUGUUGUAUUGAGUUUUUCACCAUUUUCCCUUUUAUUCAAAAGAAGAAAGGGUGCUUGAUUGACUAUGUAGAAUCUCAGACACUGUUCAUAUCCGUUACUAGAUUCAGUUAAUAGACUACCUACGUUAAGGUUGUAGAAAAUCCCUGCUGGUCUUUAAAAAAUGGGAAGAUAAUUAUAUCAUGUUAAAAUCGCAGUGCUUCUCUUUGCUAAUAUGAAACUGGUUAAGACAUUGAAUGUAGAGCCCAUAACAAUUCUGAACAUUUUUUCAGGCAUUGUAUGUGUGCUUAUACGCUAUAGCGAUGUCUGCAUGACACUUCAGACUCUCUGAAGUUCCUCACAUUUUCAGAUGACCUAGUUAAGAUACUAAUAAUGACUGAAGAAGUAAUCUCUCAGCAUGAUUGUAACUUGUUUUGUUGGUGUAAAGAUAAAAGCAAUAAUUUUCACAAUUUGCAGUCUACCACCAAGCUUUACAUCUCUCAAGUUUCAAACUACUUAGCAAAUGGGAUAUUUUAUAUGACAGGAGGCUUGUUGUUAGAUAACAAUGCUAAAUAAGCAUUCACAUGGCAUGCUGGAUGUGGGAAGGCAGAACAAAUGCAUUUCUCCCACUUCCCCCACUUUGCCAUCACUUUGGUAAUUCAUUUGCUCCCAGUGCAUUCUUUCCCUCCUCUCUUCCCUUUAUUUCACAUCUAUGCAUUUUUGUCAAUUUGGUUUUCUCAUCUGUCAGCAGAGGAAGACAUUUUAUAUGUGCUCUGUUAGUUACUUUAGCAAUAAAUGGAACAGUUUAAAGGGUCUGCUAAGGAAGAAACAUCUGUAUUGCUUAAAUUGAUGUCUGGAGUCAUUUGACUUUCAAAUUGCAUGCCAUGAAAUGCAAAUUGGAGAGGAAAAGAGAAGCCAAGUAUUUUCCACAUCAUAGCAAAUGCACUAAAUGUAGCCCAUUAUUAAUCACUAUUAUUGAUUAGGAUAAAUCCCUUCCCCUCCUCCCAUUUUUGAAAAAUGUAUAAUUCAGCACUCUCUCUCAACUAUUAAAUUAGUUUAUCCUGGCACACAAUAGCUUUGUUCUUCAUCUUAAAUAUGAAAUUCAUAGCUACUGGAUUUAUACCUUUUUCAUAAUCUUUUAAUUAAUGUAGGUUUUAAAGAUAGAUAUAUCAUGUUUCUAAUC